AUGCUGCAAAGGGGACAGCAGCAGCGGAGUGCCCCGUAUGGCAGCCCACAUCUACAGCAGCAGCAGCAGCAAUGUAUGCAGCAGCAGCAACAACAGAGGCUGCAACAGCAGCAGCACGUGUGGGAGCAGCAACAGCUACAGGGUAGGCGACUGCAACAACAGCAGCAGCAACGGUGGCAUGCGCAGCAGCAGCAGCAGCAACGGUGGCAAGCGCAGCAGCAGCAGCAGCAACAGUGGCAAGUGCAGCAGCAGCAGCAGCGGUGGCAGGUGCAGCAGCAGGAUCACCACCAACAGAGAAAGACAGAAGCUCUCUGUCUCUCUCCUCGCAAGGCCAUCCCUCCCAGCAGCAUCAACCACAGCAGCAGCAGCAACAACAGCAGCAGCAACCACAACAACAGCAGCAACAGCGGUAGCAGCUGCAGGAAACACCAUUUCCAGCGGCAUCCAGGUCGCCAGCUGACGGAGCAGCAGCAGCAGCAGCGUCAGCAGCAGCUGUUGCUCACAAAGGGAGGAGAAGGCUACGCGCGAUUUGCUGCUGCUGUGCCGCCGCUGCAGCGCAGCCGGGCCCUUGAAGAGUCUUGGCAUCCCCAAACCCCCGAUUCUGCGCAGCCUCUCAGCGUGGCUCAGUGGCGGGAAGUGUUGGGCAAAUGGCGCCGCCAGAUCCACAAGUGGACCAACCUGCCUGCUGAGGUGUACGCGGAGCUGUUGAAUUUGUCCGUCGCCGAGCAGAUUGACUUGCUGCAGUCUCUGCCCCCCAGCAAGCUCGACGUCCGUCAGCUGCCUACAGCAGCAGAAACAACAACAACAGGAGCAACAGCAGCAGCAGCAGCAGCUGGGGAAACUGCUGCAGCAACAGCACCAGCAGCUGCAACAGCUGUCGAAGACCCCCAACAGCAGCAGCAAAAGAAGCAGCAGCAGCAGCAACAGCAGCAGCAGCAGCAGCAGCAGCAGGUUUUGUUAGCGGCGCUGCUUGGCGACAGUGGCUCGGGCUCUGCUGUCACUGGGCCUACAGCCUUCGUGCCCAAAUGGUUCCGCACAACCCUACAUGCACCCGGGUCUGCUGCUGCUGCUGCUGCUGUUGCUGCUGCUGUUGCUGCUGAUGCUGGUGCUGUUGUUAAUGAUGAUGCUGCUGCUGAUGCUGGUGGCGUUGCUGCUGGUGAUGCUGUUGCUCGUGGUGGUGUUGAUGUUGGUUCUGCUGCUGCUGCAGUUGAUGCUGCUGUUGCUGCUGCUGCUGCCAAAUUAACUGCUGCAGUUGGCGUUGCCGCUGCAGCUGCCGCAGAGGGGGUUGCAGCUCCAUCGGCUGCGUUCGUUCGGGCACAGCGGCGACUUGCUGCGGUCUACGGGCCCGCUGCUGCUGCACUCUCCUGUCUCGAGCAGCAGCAGGAACAGCAGCAGCAGCAACAACUGCAACCGGAGAAGCAGCAGCAGCAGCUGCUGCAGCAGCAAGUACUUCAACGCAUAGGCAAGCAGCGGCUGCAGCAACUGCCUCUGGACAUGAAGUUCCGCGUAGAGAACUUGCAGCCCCCCCUUCGGGGUGUCAUCCCCAGCAGCAGCAGCUGCUUCUGCAGCAGCAGCAACAGCAACAGCAUCAGCAGCAGCAGCAGAGAGCGGCUACAGCUGCUGCAGCAAAAUGCUGCAUUACUAGUGGCGGCAGGAGGCAUCCUGAGCAGCGACGAGCCACUGCCUGUUUGUUUCCCUCCUUCAGCAACGUCCAAAAAAAAACAAAAACGGUUUUAA